AUGCGUCUACUGGAUGGUGGGUACGAUAUAACGUAUUCCGUUGGAGCUAAGUUCUCAACCGUUGACAGGAUCAAUGACCCCAAUCCUAACUGCGUAAAAAAGUACCAAAUGGGGGGUUGGUGGUUACGUAAUUGCGCAUCUGCGACAUUGAACGGAGCCUACGACUUCUCCUCCUCUGGUGGAUAUGGUUUGUUUUGGAUACUUAACGGCAUGGACUACGUCAUUCAUCCGCGUGAAACCACUAUGAUGCUCAGGCCCAAACUGUAA